GGAGAAUUAAAAUGCCUGUAUCCCUGUCACUAUAGUCUUUCUGUCUGUUUUCAAGAUUCACCACAAUGAGGUGGAGAAUUUAAAUGCUUGUAUCCCUGUCACUAUAGUCUCUCUGUCUGUUUUCAAGAUUGACCACAAUGAGUUCAACACAAGACUCAACUUUAAAAACCAGUCUUCUUCAGCUGGAAUACCAUUUCACCUGGGGUCUGGAUAAAAAUGAUACCGAUCUCACUGAUCUUCUGAACCGUUUAGAAGAAGACCUUAACCUGAAUACUGAAAGCAAGGCACGAAUUGCGCAGACAUGCCGCAAUAUGGGAUUUGUGAAGUUUCUACUAGGCUCCAAUACUGAGGCUGUCAGCUACUUUGAGAGAUCUGUAGAGCUCACGAAGUCUCAUGGAAAUGAUUGUGACAAGCUGCUUGUUGUUGUCGAUGGAGACCUUGCAUGGUUAUACUAUCAUAUGGGUAAUUUUGCAGAGUGUAAAAGCUACCUGAAUAAACUGAGCGAGAUCAACGAGAAAUAUCCAUCUGUCCCAUAUGCUGAGGUGCUUGGAGAGAAGGGAUGGACCUUCCUUAAGUUUUCUCGCAAAUAUUAUGAAAGGGCUAAAGAAUGCUUCAAGAAGGCCUUAGAGCUGGAGCCAGAUGAGGGUGAAUGGAAUGCUGGCCUUGCGAUUGUUCUUUAUCGGACAAAGAAUUUCUUCCAAAAUUCAGCAGAUUCAAUUAUAGUUGAUCAACUUAGACGGGCCGUAGCCACUAAUCCAGAUGAUGAUGUUCUUAAAGUUCUGCUUGGUCUGAGAUUGGUUCGUCACAAGGAGUACAGUGAGGCAGAGAGCCUAGUGGAGCAAGCUUUAGAGAGUUCUCCAGAACACCCACAUGUGAUUCGAUAUGUUGGGGUGUUUUUUCGGAAUCAAGGCUCUGUGGACAGGUCCAUUGACCUUCUAAAGAGAGCAUUAGAGAAAGUGUCCAACUCAGCCUUCAUACACCAUCAGCUGGGGCUCUGCUAUAAGAAGAAGAUCAAAGGAGCAGAAAGCUACCAUGAAAUUAAGCAAGCUCGUGAGCAGUGCAUCUACCACUUGAAAAUGGCAAUUGAAUUAAAGCCCAACUUCAUCACUGCUAUGACUCAUCUGGCCCUUCAGUAUGGGGAGAACCAGGAUAUGUCGAGAGCAGAAGAAAUGUUUCAGAAUGCAUUUCACAAAGCUACAGAAAUAAAUGAUUACUACCAGUCUGUUCAUCUGUAUUAUGCAAAAUUCCAGGAGACCUGUUUGAGAUGGGAAUCUGCUGCCAUCAAAAAUUACAUUACAUGCCUGAAGAUAAAUCCAAAACAAUUUGAAGGGAAGAAAAGUGCUGAACAUCUGGAAAGGAUUGCAAAGAAAAGAAUCUGGAAUAAUGCAAUGGAUGGAGAGGCCUUUGGAAUACUUGGAAUCGUUUAUAAGGAAAAAGGAGAAAAACAAAAAGCCAUAGAGUGCUUUGAGACAGCGCUGAGCUUUGUACACAAUGAGGAUUACCUCAGGGAUCUUUGCGAACUUAGAAAUUCAUUACAGUAAUAUUACCAA